CCCUGCACAGUGUGAACUGCGUGCACGGCUACAGCACUCAGCAACACAGAAAACAAGGCGGACAGCAAAUAUGUUCGGAGGUUUGGAAGAGAAGAAAAACGAAUUUGAGUCAUGGAUGCGAGCGCAGCCCCCAGCGGUUGAAAUUGGGAUAACCUCCGCAACAAGCGCAAUACAAGGCGGCAUUCUUGGCUUCACUCUAGGGACUGUCAAUCAGAGCAUCGAGAAACAGGCCGCAAACAUGCCGAAUAAAUCCGUGAUGCCUACGAGUGGUUCUUUCUCUGGCCCUCCAAGAGUUCUUGCCUUGAACCUCGCGGUUUUCACCGCAGUGCAAGGAGGACUUACACUUGCUGUCAAGAGAUACAGAGGAGUGGAUGAUAUCCAGACGAACAUGAUCGGUAUGUUUGGCGCUGGUGCUGCCUUGUCACUUACGACGAACAUCGCGGGUAAUCAGCCGGCUGCGCCAGGACAAGUAAAACCUUCGACGCCUUUGGGCUAUAUGACAGACGCCGCCCGCACCGGAGCCCUCUUCGCCGCACUGAAUGGAGCUUUCAUGAAAAUCGGGCAAAUGUUGUCCGGAAAAGACUCUUCACAGGAUGUAUACUAUUAUCAUACAAUUUGCAUGCUAAAUGCACUUGGACUUGAAAAGUACGAAAGAAAUUUUAGGAAGGGCAUGCUCAUGGACGAUUGCCUAGCCCUUCUUUCUGAUAGUGCACUGCGAGAAGUCAAGAUACCUCCAGGUCCUCGCCUCAAGAUAUUGAACUAUGUGGCUGCCAGCAAGGUCAGCUCACAGUUCGACGUUGUACAAGACAGUUCCUUUGGAGUGGACGACGUGAGGCACGCAUGAGUGGCAUCGAUUACGCGGCGAAUAUAGAUUCAACUUCAUCCAUUCUAGAGCAUUAUCAUCGUAAUCUCAAACAUCUCUUAUAAC